AUGCUCUCCAAGUGGGCUACCCUCAAGUCCGUCAAGCAACUGCAGCUCGCGUCACUCUCAAUCUGCAGUGAAAGCCGAGCGUGUAUUGCAUUUCACUUGAGAGUAGGAAGGCGGACCCCUAAACGCCUCUGGACCACCACGAGGUCUACAGGGAAGAGAGUCGGAACUGACAGCGUGCCACCCAUGCGCGUUGACUGGCUGACAUUCAGGGAGUGUUUCGAGCCCGCUGUGAGGAACGUAGUGUGGCGGGCAGGGCUCAGGAAGAUCUCGUUUGGGAAGCAAUUCAACCACCCUCUGACUGGAGUUACCUGGCCUGCGGGUUUGCGGGCAAUCGUGUUUGGCUUCCACUUCGAUCAGCCCAUCGAGUCGGUGGUGCUCCCGCCUGGCCUCGAAGAGUUGGAGUUUGGCCCGAUGUUCGACCAGGAUAUCAGCAGGGUGAAGUGGCCCAUCAAUCUGAAGAAGCUCGUGUUCGGCUGCCGGUUCAGUCAAACAUUGGAGCUUACAUCGCUUCCCAGAGGACUAGAGAGGUUACAGCUGGGCUGCAGCUGGAAUCACCCUCUUGCGCCGGUUGCCCUCUCGGAGUCUCUGACCUACCUUCGUUUAGGUUAUGACUUCGACCACCCACUGGAUGAAGUGGCGUGGCCACCGGGGUUGACGCACCUCUUCCUGGACCACUCCUUCAACCAGCCGAUCGGCGGGGUCGCGUGGCCUGCCCUCCUGCAGCAGAUUUCAUUUGGCGACGCUUUCGAUCAAUCCAUCGCUGGAGUUGAAUGGCCGACCUCCCUGCAACAGCUAUCCUUCGGUUCCACCUUCAGUCAAUCUCUUGCCGGAGUCGCGUGGCCAAGGUCGCUACGACGUUUGACACGUUGCGGAGAAAGCCUGAUGUGA